AUGGCCGACGACAACACCAUCAUCGAAGGCACUGUCAAGUUCCGAGAUGGGAAAAAGUGGAAGUCGCGCUGGUGCGUCAUGCGGAAGCUGUCGCCAGUGGCAGACUGCGUGCACCUGCAGGUGUUCCGGGACGCGCGCGCGCGCUGCGGCGGCGCGGCCAGCAAGGCGUCGCUGUCGCUGCAGCGCUUCCUGGGCUGCGAGGCGGGCUUCACGCUGGACAAGCACUCGCACACGCUGGCGCUGCUGUGCCAGGACUUCACGGCCGUGCUGGCCUUCGAGACGCGCGAGCGGCUCAUGCAGUGGCAGGUGAAGGUGAGCGCGCAGCUGGGCGAGGCGCGCCAGUACCUGGUGCUGCUGGGCGCGGCGGGCGCGCGGCGCGUGGCGGCGGGCCCGGCGCGCCUGCACCUGCGCGAGCGCCGCUUCGCGCUGGCCGCCGGCGUGCCGCCGCGCCUGCUGGGCGUGUGGGACCUGGCGCACCUCAGACGCUACGGCGUGGUGGAGGGGCGCUUCUGCUUCGAGGGCGGCUCGCACUGCGGCAAGGGCGAGGGCCUGCACGUGCUGGUGAGCGACCAGGCGGCCGACAUCGCGCGCGACUUCGAGCUCGCCUCGCGGGGACAGCUCACGCCGAGGAGGAGACCGCUGGGUAAUCAAAAUUCGUCUACAGGUACACAGAGCCCCAACUCCGUCAGCUCAUUGAAGAAACCUCACGUGCGAAGAUUAGAGUUGAAUACCAUCGACCGAUCUCUGCCGCCGACGGAUUUACGGCUCUACGAAGAUCCCUGUAUGGGAGAGGACGCCGGCGCCAUUUCCCCAUACUGGCCUUCCGCGGAACGAACAAAUUUUCAGGACAUGGGCUUAGGCGACACGGCGUCCGUGAACGAGACCAUCGACGGAACGGACAUGGCUCCGUGGAACGGAAACGGCAAUGUCAUGCUCGAAAGGUGCAUGAGCUGUAUUUCUAAACUGGGUGCGCUGUCUAGAUCUUCUACGGCUGCUCUUACGCCGGGAGCGAAACAUUUCAGUCCGGCGUGGACGAUGGAGGCAGUGGACGAAAGCUACAACGAGAUGGCGGCGAAGGAGGCCACGGGCGGCGCCGCGUCGCCCGGCGCGGCGCGCGCGGCCGCGGUGUGCCGCUGCGCGCCCGAGCGCCCGCCGCGCGCGCCGCGCCCGCCCGCUCGCAAGCCGCCCCUGCCGCCCCCCGCGCGCUCCUUCAGCCACUCGCACCUCGCCUCCAUCGGGGAGAACAACCCCACCAGCAUCGGUCCCUACGAAAACUACGACGUACCUAAAAUACCUUCCGCAGAGGUACGCGGAGAAUAUUAUGAUACGCCGAAAAGAUUAAAAGAAUGUCUCAAUAGUGAGUUAUUUAAAAUGACAAAGAAUUCUACCUCGAAUACCCUCAUAUUAAAAAAGCCUUGCGGAUGUCUGCUAAAACUAGGCAAAAAGCCAAAGCAACCUACGAUCGUAGAUACAGACGAAAACUUUCAGCCGGCGAGUUGCCCUUGCCAGAGGGUGACGGACUGGGCGAACAACUGGAUCAAACUGCCCUACUGCAAGAGAAACCCUAACGAAGCUGAAUCGCCCGCGCGGAAUAAAGAAAACGUCGUGCCGAAUAUUACGAGCGACAGGAGUGCGCUAUACGCGACGGUCGAUUUCUCGCGGAAAACAAAACGGAAAACGCAGAACGACAAUUUCAUAUUUCUCGAUAAUCAAAUGACGAGGAGUCUCGAUUUGAAUACGAUCGAGGUCGACGAUGGCCCCCAGGCGAACUACGAGAAUCUCAACUUCGCUCUGUCCUUGGAGCAUUACGAGAACGCCAAAGAUCUGCUGCGAAAAGCGGGAGUCACCCAGCCGGAGCUGGACGCGCUCGGAGCCAACCUGCGCCCCGCGGGCCGCCGGCUGGCUCCGAGCGCGUCCUUCCCGGCGCCGGGCGGCCGCGCCACGUGCACCGAGUGCGGCCACCCGCAGGGCCGGAGGAUGUCGCACGACGAGUACCUCCUCAUGGAACCGAGCUCCCUGGAGAGCAAUAAGUUCGAUCAGGAGAAGGCGCUACCGUCCGGCUACACUCCGAUGUCUCCGAUUGGGAACUUCGGGUUUCACACCUUAAAGUACCCGGCCAAGAGCCCCGUGGGCCGGCUGCUGGAGGAGAAGUCCGCCAGCAAUCCCGCGCUGUGUGGCCCCGCGCCAGCUCCCGGCGCCGCGUGCGCUGCGGAGCACGUGGAGUUGCGCACGGGACAAGUGCGCGCGGACUGUCGCAAGCGCUCCAGCUCGGCCGACUCGUCGCGGUUCCUCGACGACGUGAAGGAGUUCGACGGCAGCGCGGGCAGCCGAGGUUCCGCGUCGUCGCUGGAGACGCUGCGCGAUCUGGCCGCCGGGGCCGCGGCCGCGCCGUGCGCCUGCGCCGCCGGCAAGCUGUCGGACGCGGACAGCUCGGAGGCAUCCAAGGCGGCGAGCGGCGCGCAAACGGCCGGCAACCGCGACUCGUCGUCGUCCAACGACUCGGGCGUGUCGAGCUGGUCGCUGGCGGCGCGCGGCGCGCACGAGCUGCCCGCCACCACGGCGGCCGCGCGGCGCCGCUACCGCUCCGCGCGCCGCGCCGCCGCGUCCCCGCACGCCGCUCCGCGCCGCUCGCGCUCUUCGGGCGGCCCGCGCGACGCGCCGUCCGACGCGCUCAAGAGCAGCUCCGCGGAGGCCGAGGUGCCCAUCCUCGCCGUCAAGCCCAUCCGAGGAGUCAUGGAUACGCACAGUACGUCGAGCGGCACGUCCGACAUGUCGGACUACAUCGAGACGCUCUCCAUCUGCUCGUCGCACUCCUCGUCCGACACACCGAUCACCAUGAGGGUGCUCCGGCAGACCACCAGCACGCUGCGGCCGCGCUCGGGCAAGGAGUACCAGCCGCUGGCGCCGCACCUGGCCGCGCGCCCGGCGCCGCGCUACCACCAGCUGCCCUGAGCCGCGGGCCGGGCCAGCACGUCUGAAGCCGAUUUCGGUGCCAAAUCUCAAACGAAGCUUAUCGACGAGCUGAGACAUCGAAUUCCAGCAGUUAUCACAGAAUACUUCAUUAACCUUAGAUGUUUGUUAAAGCCGUUCUUGUAUUGCCAGUUACAGUAUUGUCUGCCAUUCUUGCAUUUGUAACUUUAUUGUUAUCGUUCAUAUUACCUGCAGUAGCUUAACCCGAAGCAUUGUUCGUCUAGAUUUUGUUUUUGGAAACCCAUUUACUGAGAUUUAUUCAACGUUUGUUAUUUCUAAAAUGCCGCAAAUAUAACCUUAGAUUAUAUGUUUUUUCCGUCAAAUAUCACUUAUUAUUUACUUUUACUAGUCUUAUUUUAAGUUGUACCUAUUUGUAGUUGCCAAUUUCAUUUAACUAGUCAUACAGUGUUAUUUACUUCUAGUCUCUUCGCAAUAAGUGAUGUAUUUGAAUACCUCCUAAGAUAUCAGCCCACACCAGGUAUCGCGAGUACCUGCAUGUAGUAUGUUGAACUGAUUGAAGCCUGUCGACGUUUUCCUUCGGUACGAUCCGUCCAAGGCCUAUCUCUAAGAGUGCCAAUUUCCGUGAUUUCACUUCUGUCCUUUCCAUGUAUUAGAUUAUUCCAUACUUAUAAAAUUCUUCUAAAAAUGAGUACGUAUUACUUGAAACCCAUUUCUAUCUAAUUCCAAAUAUUUAGAAUCAUGUUUCACAUUAAAUAUCUAUUGAUGAAAAAAAUGGAGAGUUAUCAUUAUCAUUCCAUUAUAAAUUAAAGUUGAUUUUUCUUGGUAUUCUACGAAUUGCUAAGAGAUAUUGUAUUCGUAGACUGUUACGACAAUUUGAGCUUAAAAUAUACUAAAACUGAAGGUUAAUUUUCGUAACGACCCAUGCCGGGGCCUGUAAUGGACCUUAUUGUACACUAGUUUUAUUACUUAGGUUAAUGUGAUUGCAGACUUAGUGAGUAAUGUACUUAGUUUAUGAUUUUACGGGAUGCCAUUGUAUUUUAAUUCAUGAAAUCUAUUGUGAGUAAAAUUAUUGUCAAAAAAGAUUGCAUAUUCCUUUGUUGUCGAUAAAACUAUACGAAUUAUAUAACAGGUUAAUAUAAAAUCGAAUAAAUUUACAACCCCGACGGACGCGGUAGCCAAACGUUACAGUCUUAACUUCUAGUCAUUUUUACUAAUUACCUGUAUUGUAUUUAAAAGUUGCAUACGAUGUAAAUAAUAUAACUAUUUAGAGACGUAAAUAUUAAAUUGUAAAUGAAUUUAUUCUCUACGUACAACGACUUCUCGUUUCUCGUUUGUUACGACGAUGUAAUAUUUUGAUAUUCGGAGUUUAAAGUCUGAAGUUAGGAGGGGAAGGGCUGGCCUGUCGGCCGCGCGACUCACUAUAGCAAUAAGCGGUGCAACUGAAGGUGAUGUAACAUAUAAUUAUAUAAAUGAUACUGACAUUUAGCCGUAAGACGCGAUGCGGCGGCAACGCCCGGCCUAGACUGGACUUGCGAGCAGGUUGUUUAGACUUACGCUAGAAUGAAUUUAUAACUAAACUAACGUUAAUGACUCGAAUUUCUGAAUAAAAACAAAAUAAAUGCU